AUGGUCUCCCAAUUAUUUAACGAAAAAGCUGAAAAAGUUAAGAACUUAACUAAAAAACCAACUGAUGAUGAAUUAUUAAACUUAUACGGUUUAUUCAAACAAGCUACUGUUGGUGAUAAUACCACCUCAAAACCUGGUUUCUUAGAUUUAAAAGGUAAAUACAAAUGGGAAGCUUGGACCGAAUUAAAAGGUACUUCCCAAGAAGAAGCUGAAGAAAAGUAUAUUACUUUAGCUGACGAAUUAAUUGAAAAAUACAAUUAG